UGCUUCUCUGGCUGAGGUGUUUGUGGCUGCAAGACGGAGAGGACAACCAUGGAGUUAUUCUUCUUGGAAGGCAUCUAAAGAUACACGCAGAGCUGCACCUGUACAACACCACCAAAAGGGUAUAUCUGCUGUGGGUAAGGCCUCCCUAAGGGAAAACCAGUCAAUAAGCACGACAUCCAAGCCAUACAAUAAAGUGCCCAUUUGUUACUUGUGUGGUCAAGAAGGCCAUACAAAACCCAUGUGCCCAAAGAACCCUCCUAAACUCACUCAACUGUGUGUUGUCCCAUUCAAAAGUGACAAUUGCAUCUGUGUUGGACAGUCUGUGAAACUGAGUGAAGUUAAAAUCAAUGGGAAAAGUGUAAAGGCCUUAAUUGACACUGGCAGUGUUCAGACACUUGUUGACAGAGAGCUGGUUCCAUCCAAUAUAAUCUGCACAUCAGACACCAUCCCUAUCCGCUGUGUGCAUGGUGAUGAAAGGCCAUACCCCACAGCAGAUGUGUAUAUUGAGGUGCAAGGUCAAGUAUACCUGUUGAAUGUCGGGAUUGCAGAAAGUCUCCCUUUUCCAGUAGUAUUGGGUAGUGACUUGCCUGUUUUGUUUGACUUACUGCACAAACCGCAGAACUGUAAUGUAGUAACUCGUUCUCAAGCAAAACAGCCAGAAGAAUCUCCUCCAAUUCUGAGUGUGUUGCCUUUUUAUGAUGCAGACUUGGAUGUGCAGCCUGGAAAAUCUAGAAAAUCAUGUCGACAAAAGAGACAGGAGAAGUUUCUACAUACACCCAUUAGAUCUACAGAAGGGGUUCAGGAUCUGCCCCAGGGAUUUAAGAUUCCUUUAAAUAUGGCUCAAAUCCAGCGGGAUGACUCCAGUCUGGCUGCUCUCUUUUUGAAAGCGAAGGGACCCCAGAAAGGUAACCACAGAGGUAGUGCUGAAGAGUUUGUUCUACAGAAAAAUAUCCUUUAUCGCCAACAGGGGGCAUUUAAGCAGCUUGUGGUCCCAAAGGAUGCAAGAGAGAUGGUGCUUAUUUUGGGCCACUCAAUUCCCUGGGCUGGCCACCUAGGGACACAUAAGACCCUGGCUCGCAUCAAGCGCCAUUUUUUCUGGCCUGGAUUACGGACUGAUGUUGCCCAGUUUUGUAGGACUUGCCCUCAGUGCCAAUUAACCUCCAAUAAGUUCCCUUCAAGAGCACCACUGCAGCCUCUUCCCCUCAUUGACACACCUUUUGAGCGCUUGGGUAUGGACAUUGUGGGUCCACUUGAAAGAAGCAAAUCUGGAUACCGAUACAUGUUGGUAAUCACAGAUUAUGCAACCAAGUACCCAGAAGUGUUCCCCUUAAAAACAAUUAAAGCAAGAGCCGUGGCUUUUUCCUUGGUGCAACAUUUUUCAAGGGUUGGAAUUCCCUGUGAAAUUGUGACCGAUCAAGGCACUAACUUCAUGUCUACUCUCCUAAAGCAGGUAUAUCAGCUGCUGGGGAUUAAAGGUGUACGAACUACGCCUUAUCAUCCACAGACGGAUGGGCUCACAGAGAGGUUCAACCAAACACUGAAGCAAAUGCUGCGUAAGUUUGUGGAUGAAACUGGCUCCGAUUGGGAUCAAUGGUUGCCUUAUCUCCUCUUUGCCUACAGAGAAGUGCCACAGGCUUCCACCGGGUUCUCUCCUUUUGAACUUUUAUAUGGUCAUGAGGUGAGGGGACCUCUGACGCUAUUAAAGGAGACCUGGGCUGGAGAAGAGGAGGGGGAGGGGCCUGUUAAUGUUAUCUCCUAUGUUAUGCAGAUGAGAGAGAGGCUCCAAAAGAUGACAGCUCUGGCCCAGCAGCACAUGGCAGAAGCACAAAAGUAUCAGAAGGUUUGGUACGACAAGUCAGCCCGGCAGAGGACCUUUGUCCCAGGCCAGAAGGUUCUGGUUAUGCUACCAUCCAGUGAGAGCAAGCUUUUGGCCAAGUGGCAGGGGCCAUUUGAGGUUACAAAGCAGCUUGGACCUACCACCUACCAAGUUGCUAAAAUGGGACAACCGCAUUCCACCAAGGUGCUGCAUGUGAACCUCCUUAAGGAGUGGACAGAGCGACCUAAAAUUGGAGCAGAAGUCAUGUUGAUUAGAGCUGUGGAAGAGGAGGAAGCAGUUGAUGAUCAAUACCUGCCCUCAUCAACACCAAUGGAGCUUGACUUGAAACACCUGUCAAGUGAACAACAACUUCAGGUUAGAGCAAUAUGUAAUCCUCAGAUAUUUAAAGAAUAUCCAGGUCGUACAGACAUUCUGGAACAUGAGAUUGUGUUGAAAAGUGAUGCUAAAGUCAAACGUCUGAGCUACAGAAUUCCAGAACGCCUUCUCAGCUCCCUGAAGAGAGAGAUGGAAUUGAUGCAGUCCCUCGGGAUUAUUGAAUCUUCCAAAAGUGAAUGGUGUAAUCCUGUCGUCUUGGUGCCAAAGAAAGAUGGAACGAUGCGCUUCUGUAUAGACUUCAGGUUACUGGCAAGUACCCCUUUCCAAGCAGUCCAGGGAGUUGACGGCCUUUCGGACCCCAUGGGGACUCUUCCAGUUUACAGUUUUGCCCUUUGGACUACAUGGCGCACCCGCAACCUUCCAAAGGCUUAUGGAUCAGGUACUGCGUGGAUGUGAUGACUAUGCCUGUGCCUAUCUAGAUGAUAUUGUGAUAUAUAGUAACUCAUGGGAGGAGCACCUUCAGCAUUUAAAAGACAUCUUGAGCCACCUUAAAGACGCAGG